AUGAAGCUUACAACGUUAGCCGUACUGCUGGGGUUAGCAGCUAUUGGCUACUCCUUACCGGUGGAGGUAAAGCCAUGGGCUGUGAUUUCGGAUAGCGCUGGACGGGCCCGCUUGGUUCACAUAAAUCCGGGCAAAGUGCUGGUCGGGGAAAAUGAGCCGGAGCCCUACUUCGAUCCCGAAACGGAUGUUGUUUUCCGACUGUUUACCCGACGUAAUCCAGUUCAUGGAGCCAUAGUGAAUUGGGCCGAUGGAGCUACAAUCAGCAAUUCGAACUUUAACGCAGAUCAUCCAACCCGUAUCCUAAUCCAUGGUUGGACUGAGGAUGACGAUGCUACGCUGUUCUUUGUUAUUAAGGACCACUAUUUGCGCGUUGGAGAAUUCAACGUGAUAACCGUUGAUUGGAGUGCAGGUGCGCAGACUAUCAACUAUAUCGCUGCUCGUAAUCGUGUUGGUGGUGUUGGAAUGAUUACAUCUCGGUUGAUUGACACAAUUCGGUCUACUACGGGACAAUCGCAGGCCAUGAUAAAUAUUAUUGGGUUCAGUUUGGGAGCACACGCAGCCGGUAAUGCUGGAAAGCAGCAAAAUGGUCAACUAGAUACGGUUAUUGGUUUGGAUCCAGCGGGUCCAUUGUUCUCCGAGGGACAGGCUGAUAUCUUCACCCCUAGCGAUGCCAUCUACACUGAAGCCAUCUAUACCAGUGCCGGUACGCUUGGAUUCGAUGGUCCGCUGGCUGAUGCUAAUUUCUAUCCGAACUGGGGCAGAUCUCAACCGGGUUGUAUAACGAACACUUGUGCCCAUAACCGCGUGACCCAACUGUAUGCUGAAUCGAUUUCAACCGAAGCGCACUUUACUUCGAUCCGUUGUGCUAACCAUAAUGAGAUUCUGAAUCAACAGUGUACCUCGAGUGGGCCGUACGCCAACAUGGGAGGUGAACCGUCUAACCGUGGACGUGGAGUUACUGGAGUCUAUCAGUUGAUGACGAAUUCCGGUUCACCAUUCGCGAGAGGCUAA